GUGGAGUUCAGGUGAUGUUUGGAUACGACGUAUCUUAAGCUUCCAUCUCAGAAAAUGGGAGUCGUGUUUUGCAUGGAAUCGAUUGGGGAGUAUUUGGUUGCGGAGAUAUCGAAUCCCCGUUCUUCGAUCUGUUUAAUGAAAUAUUGCUCGUGGUAAGGUUGAGGGAAUUAGAAGUUUGUAUAAAUGGGGGACUUGAGCUCAGUAGGCACUAUUCUAGAAUUUUUAAAAAAGAACAAGUUUACUAGGGCAGAGGCUGCAUUGCGUAGUGAGCUGAGUAACCAUCCUGAUUCAAAUGCUGUUCCUCACAAACCUACUCUCAAGGACAAGGAGUUGAACCAACCAUUCGAAGAAGCCAAUGGGCGGAAAACCUCUGGAGAGAAUCUGAGGAUGGAUCAUCGGAAUAAUGAGGAAGUUGGACAGAAUACGAGUUCUAGGAGUGCGGAGGUCUCAAAGGAGCUGACAAUCAGUGAGAUAGAGUGUGGAACUGGGAGGAGUGGGCCAGAUUGCAAGUGGAAGAAUCAUGCUAAUGUAGGGGAACAAAGCAAAGUUCAUGAAUCAGUUGGGACAAGUGAGAAGAACUUCGGUUUUAACAGUUCAAAGGAUACUGCAUUUGAUUUGUACUCGCGCAAAUACAAUCCUAAUAUUGGACCUGUUGUUUCUCAUCAGAGUGAUUGCGGAAAUUCUAUUAUGGAUAACUUUGUGGGCUUUUCAGUGUAUGGAAAGACAAUGCCUAAUCCAAGUGAGUUCCAUGAUAGCAGUAAGGCUUAUGAAAACUGUGGGGAAGUUAGUAGUUCCUAUAAUGAGAGGAGAACAUCAUCACCAGGAAAUACUAGUAAAACCUAUAUGGAAGUAGAGUGGGAGAAAAAUCAAAAUAGUGAACUGAAGGAAGUUGAUCAGUGGCACAAGCAAAUUGGGGGUUGUUCCAAAGAUGCUUUUGCUGAUAACUCAUGGAAUGACUGCUUGUUGAAAACUGUUUUUCCAUUCUCAAAGGAAGAUGUAUCAAUGAGUUAUGAUCAUAAAAUUGUAAUCGGUGAUAAAAAUGAAGAGAAAAGAAAACCAGAGAUUACUGACAUUAAGGCAGCUAUCAAAGAGCAAGUGGAUGAAAUUGGAAGAGCUUUGUACCUUGCGAGAGCACAUGGAAGUGAGCAAAGGGAUCUUUCUGGCUCUGGCCUUCCACUUGGAUUAGAGAACCAAAAGGAAGAGCUACCCAGAUUACCACCUGUUAGACUCAAAUCAGAAGAGAAGCUAUUUGAUAUUGAUUGGGUAGAAAAGUUUGAACGAGAUGCAAAUGACUUAAGUAUUUCUAAUACUGAUAAAGGCUAUUUUAUAGGGUCAUUUCUGGAUGUUCCUAUAGGACAAGAAAUUAACCCUUUAGGUGGAAAAAAGCCUGUGGGAGGUAGUUUGUUCUCUGUGAGUCAGGGAAUUGCUGGGGACACUUCUGAUCUUAUUUCUGGUUUCGCAACUAUUGGUGGACUUAGUGACCAAGUUGACUAUCCAACUGAAUAUUGGGACUCUGAUGAAUAUGACGAUGAUGAUGAUGUAGGCUACACUAGGCAACCUAUUGAAGAUGAGACCUGGUUUUUGUCUCAUGAAAUUGAUUACCCAAGUGACACUGAGAAGGGAACAGGACAUGGGAGUGUACCUGAUCCUCAAAGAAGUCAAAACAGAGAAGAAGAUGACCAAUCUUUUGCAGAAGAAGAUUCUUACUUUUCAGGGGAGCAGUAUAUCAAGUCAAAAGCUGUUGAUGAAGUUGGGCCUGCAGAUGAUCCCAUGGGGUUGUCAGUAACUGAAAUAUACAGGAGAGCUGAUCAUGAUGGCUUGGCUGCUCAACAUGAUGGACGCUUAAUGGAUGAGGAUGAAUUAAAUUUGAUUCGUGCAGAGCCAGUGUGGCAGGGCUUUGUCACACAAACAAAUGAACUUGUCAUGCUAGGGGAUGAAAAAGUCCUGAAUGAAUGUUCAAGGUCUCAUAUAGAUCAGAUUUGCUUGGAUGAUGAUCAACAUGGGUCAGUUAGAUCCAUUGGUGUUGGAAUUAACAGUGAUGCUGCUGAUAUUGGCAGUGAAGUUCGGGAAAGCCUGGUUGGAGGGAGUAUUGACGGGGACAUGGAGUACUUCCAUGAUAAUUAUGUCGGUAUUGGUGGGUCCAGAAGUGUACUGCAUGACUCAGACAAGACUUAUUCUCAGAGAUCAAAUGGAGAUAAGAAAGCAGGUAAUCACAGUUCUGACAAGUUUAUAACAUGUCUUGACAGGACAAAGAGUCACCUGGAUGGGGGAUUCUCAUUUCCCCCUCCUAGAGGUGGACAGUUGGUCCAGACCAAUUCUGGAAAAUCUAUAUGGUCAAAUGAGGUAAAAUCAGCAAUAGCUGAGGAUACUGAUGACUGUUUGGUAACAAAUGAUGGCAUGCUUGUUCCAUGGAGGCAAAAGAGUAGUGAGUCAUCACCUGUCAAGAGCUCAAGAUAUGAUAAUAAUGCAAAUGCUACUGGAUCUGCAAAUUCUAGCCCUUCAUCACUUCCAAAUUAUGGUUAUACUGAACGUGACCAUGUGAAGAAAGAACAUGAUACCCAAAUAAUUGCAAGAGAAAAAGAUCUGGGUGCAUCAUUGGAGGAUGAAGAAGUAGUGGCAGUACAGGAACAAGUGAAGCAGAUAAAGGCACAGGAGGAAGAAUUUGAAACCUUUGAUCUCAAAAUUGUGCACAGGAAAAACAGAACUGGUUUUGAGGAGGACAAAAAUUUUCAUGUUGUUCUAAAUUCAGUGAUAGCUGGGCGCUAUCAUGUUACCGAGUAUCUUGGAUCUGCUGCAUUCAGCAAAGCCAUCCAAGCUCAUGACCUUCAUACUGGCAUGGAUGUAUGUGUGAAGAUUAUAAAGAACAACAAAGAUUUCUUUGAUCAGAGCCUUGAUGAAAUAAAGCUCCUCAAGUUUGUCAACAAGCAUGAUCCUGCUGAUAAGUACCAUGUGCUUCGGUUGUAUGAUUACUUCUAUUAUAGAGAGCAUCUGUUGAUUGUAUGUGAACUACUGAAAGCUAAUUUAUAUGAAUUCCAUAAAUUUAAUAGAGAAUCUGGAGGGGAAGUUUACUUUACAAUGCCAAGACUACAGUCUAUUACGAUUCAGUGUUUGGAGGCACUCCAAUUCCUCCACAGCCUUGGACUUAUACAUUGUGAUUUGAAACCUGAGAAUAUUUUGGUAAAAAGUUACAGUAGAUGUGAAGUGAAGGUUAUUGACCUUGGAAGCAGUUGUUUUGAAACAGAUCACCUAUGUUCAUAUGUUCAAUCUAGAUCAUACCGUGCACCUGAAGUAAUUUUGGGACUUCCAUAUGAUAAAAAGAUUGAUAUUUGGUCACUUGGUUGCAUAUUGGCAGAACUUUGUACUGGCAAUGUCCUCUUCCAGAAUGAUUCUCCAGCUACCUUGCUUGCUCGGGUGAUUGGUAUUAUAAGUCCAAUUGACCAAAAGAUGCUUGCAAAGGGAAAGGAUACAUACAAAUAUUUCACCAAGAACCACAUGUUGUACGAGCGAAAUCAGGAGACUAACAGACUGGAGUACUUGAUUCCCAAAAAAACAUCCUUGCGGCAUCGGUUACCAGUCGGGGAUCAAUGUUUCAUUGACUUUUUGACUCAUCUGUUAGAAAUAAAUCCAAAGAAGCGUCCCUCUGCCACAGAGGCUCUAAAACACCCUUGGCUGUCAUAUCCUUAUGAGCCAAUAUCAUCUUAAUAAGGUAGAAGAGAUUUGUUGCGACACCAAACCGCGAAAGUAAAGCUGUGUGGUGUCACACUUCACCCUGGGAAAGGAUGCCCUCCAAGUUGGCGGAUAAUUUCCUUCCACAUAAGAUGGAGUAGUUAGUUAUGUUUUGGUUUGAGAGGGUGCGGAUCAUUUAUUUGUUGUACCCUACCCCGGUAGUGGAGGGGGUAUAUGCAUUCGAUCUGUUUGUACAUGAUGUGUGUAAUAUUGUUUUAGGUGAUAGUUUGUGAAAUAGCACGGACGGUACCUGCAUAUCCAAUUUUGAUGGGUUCUUCAUUACUAAUUUGUUGAAUUGUACCAUUAUAUAUAUUAUGUAACAGGUUCAUUCAAGUAUAUUGGUUGAUAUAUAUAGAGUAGCUAGCUUGGGCA